AAGAUCGCCAAAAAUUGGCCCACCUAAAAUUAGCGGAUCCCAACUGCCACACCCCCGCGCAAGUUGAUAUCCUAUUAGGCAGCGACCUAAUCCCCCAAAUAAUGCUAGAAGGCAUUGAGAAAAUUUCAAAUACCCUGUUAGCCCAAAAUACCAUCUUUGGAUGGAUAUUGAGCGGCCAAAUAAAAGAAAAAAUAUCGGUAUUCACAACACAAGUUGAAGAUAUUUCAAACGAACACCUCAAUUCUCAAUUAAGAAGAUUUUGGGAGUUAGAAGAACUCCCCCCCAUGCAAGUCAUUACCCCAGAAGAUAAGUAUUGUGAAGACUAUUAUAAAGCCACAACUACAAGAUCAAAAAACGGCCGCUACGUUGUACGGCUACCAUUCAAGCCACAAUUUCCCGACACACUCGCCUUAGGCCACUCUCGAACCUCAGCACUUCAGCAAUUUUUAAGUAUGGAAAAAAACCUGCUUAAAAAAGGCGAGCUAAAGACCUCGUAUGACAAUGUACUCGAGGAAUACCUCCAAUUAAAUCAUAUGGAAGUAGUCGAGUCAUAUGAAAAAAUUACAAAAGGUAAAUAUACUUCAUUUUACCUCCCACACCAUGCAGUAAUAAAGCCAGAAAAACUUACAACAAAAGUAAGAGUUGUAUUCAAUGCCUCGAAAUGCACAAGCUCAGGCAAUUCAUUAAAUGACGUAUUAUAUACGGGACCCACACUACAACCUGAUUUAAUGCUCCUAAUACUAAAUUGGCGCAUGUUUAAAUACGUUUUCAAUGGGGAUGUCGAAAAAAUGUACAGACAAAUCCUUGUGCAUAAAAACGACCAAGAUUUUCAGCGCAUUAUAUUUCGCAAUUCACCUAGUAGUCCAAUACGCGACUACAAAUUAAAAACGGUGACAUUUGGCGUAAAUUGCGCCCCCUUUCUUGCCAUUCGAACACUUCACGAAUUGGCAAACGAUAUAAAAGAAAAAUUGCCUCUAGCAACCCCGGUGUUAAAAACACAAACUUAUGUGGACGAUAUCCUGUCGGGAAGCCACAGCUUACCCCAAGCAUGUGAAUCACUAUCUCAAGUGAUCCAAGCCCUCAACUCCGCAGGGUUCCCCUUAAAAAAGAUAACGGCCAACCACCCCGAAAUAUUAAAAAAUAUAAAUAAAGAUCACAUAUUAGACACAAACUUCCUCAUCUUUGAAAAAGAAAGUACCACCAAAACUCUGGGAAUACGAUGGAAUGCGAUAUCAGAUCAAUUCUCAUACACUCUUGAGUCAAUAUCUGCAAUAUCCGCAAAAACCAAAAGGCAAAUCCUGUCGUCUGUGGCAAAACUUUUUGACCCCGCAGGAUGGCUUGCACCAAUUAUGAUCCAAGCAAAGAUACUCAUUCAAGAAUUGUGGCUAGACGGAACAGAUUGGGACGAACAAGUUAAACCACUACGCUUGAUAAAAUGGUCCCAAUUUGCUAACAAUCUGAACACUAUUUCGGAAAUACAAAUCCCUCGAUGGGUAAACUACUCUCCCGAACAUCAAGUCGAACUUCACGGCUUCUGCGACGCCUCUGAAAAGGCAUACUGCGCUACUAUAUACGUGCGCACACAACAAGAUAGCAAAACAACAAGCCACUUGCUAGUCGCAAAAGGCAAAGUGGCUCCGCUAAAGACCGUAAGCCUACCACGACUUGAGCUAUGCGGGGCGCUCCUCCUUGCAAAACUAGCCUCCACCGUUCAAACCCACUUAAGCCUGAACAAUCGCAAAUUACAUCUAUGGACUGACUCUGGAAUAGUUUUAGCUUGGUUAGAAAAACCACCCCAUAUGUGGAAGACAUAUGUGUCAAACCGCACAGCCCAAAUAAUUGACUUAGUUGGGCCAGCAACUUGGCGACAUGUAGCCAGUGCUGACAACCCAGCCGAUCUUGGCACAAGAGGUUGCAAACCCCUGCAUCUCGCCACCACCUCACUCUGGUGGAACGGCCCCAGCUGGCUAACAGAAUCACAAGAAUUCUGGCCACAAUCCCCGAUACGCAACAUAAUACCCCCCGAAAGUCGAAAAAUUGAAAGCUUUCAUGCCGUAUUGAAUGAUACUGACAUACUGGAGCGAUUUUCAUCGUUCCCCCGAGCCCUCAGAGUAAUAGCUUAUAUGUUUCAGUUCAUAACUCGCCUCAAAAAUAAAGUAAAAGGAGCGCCUAACCCCCCGCAUCAUGCACUAACACACCAAGAUCUGCAACGGGCUAAAAUGACUCUGAUUAUGUCUACUCAGACCCGCUAUUAUGACCGGGAAAUAGCACUUUUGAUGGUAUCAAAGCCAAUAGAUAAAAAGAGCCCACUCUUAGCUCUUAAUCCCUUCCUAGACUCGAAGGGACUGCUACGCGCCAAUGGACGUCUGGCAAACUCCAGUUUGAGUUAUAACGAGCGGCACCCAAUAAUAAUACCCGAAAAAUCCCCAUUCGCCACACUGUACAUAAAUUAUU